AUGGCACUGGGGCACUGGCACUGGCUGGCCUCCAUGCUGCUCGCACCUCACAAGCAGGGUCUUGUCUGUCUCGUUCGCUUCGCGACACCACCGUUGUACCGCAACCAGCGUCCCUGGUUCUCUGGCUUCUUCGACCUGCCUUUUGUCAACGGCCUGGUACUUCUUCCAGUCGCGUUGGCCACCGAGUCCGUCUGGGUCGCAGAGACUUACGACUUCUCGACACUACGACCGUCCGAUUCCUCCCUUCGAAUGGUCACCUCCCGUGAUCCUCAAAAUCUCCCGCCGUUGACGGUCGCUCUCGUCAAGCCUGAGAAGGCGAAGCCGCAAGAGGAUGAGGGCAUAAUCAAGUGCAUCUGCAAUUUUGCCCACGAUGAUGGAGCCACGGUCUUUUGCGAGAAAUGCAACACCUGGCAACACAUUGACUGCUACUACCAUCCCCUUGGCGAAGCCGAAAAAGUCAAGCAGGAGGACUUCGACCACAGUUGUGCCGACUGCAAUCCCCGGAUACUGGACAAACACCAGGCCAUGGAGCGACAACGGAAACGUCUCGGCCUUCAGCCCGACGAAGACAGCCCGCACGACAAGCGGCCCAAGAAAGCCCCCGCAAAAACCCAGAAGAAGAAAAUCAAGCCCAGCGAUCUCCAGCUGAAUGGACACCCCGUCGGCGUGGACGGCUCUGGCAGCCCACAAGACCAUCCGCCAGCGAAGAAACCCAAACUCUCGCACAAGUCUAGCCAGUCCGUCAGUUCACACGCACCGAAGCGAAGCCCCUCCCACAGCGCUCCAAGGGCCAUCCACAGCCAUCCCCUCAGCCCUGCUACCACGCCACCCGACCUGCCCAACGAUUUUGAAAUCCACCACUACACACAGCAAUUCCUUGACCUCUGCGACGAGUCCGAUGUCCAGAUUGUAGAUACGAACACAUAUGCGAACUUGAAGACCCAGACGAAGGUGUCAGACUGGCUCAAACCAGGCCACGAACAUUUCCGCAAAGACACAGGGUGCGACUUCAAAGAAGUGAUACAAACAACAAAACCGCCUCCGCUCGACCACACUCUACGGGUAGAGAGCAAAGAAGUCCCGCUGACCCGAGACACUGUCCUGCACUGGCAGUACCUUACGACAUCAUCCGCGAUUGAUAAAGACGUUCCCAUGAUCGAACUCAACGGAAUAGUCGGUUUGCAAAAGGAUUACUGCGAAGAACCGGAAAACCAGUGGCCUGACCUCUGUGCGCCCCUACCUUUUGUGUUCUUCCCCCCAUCGCUUCCGCUUUUUAUCGACACGAGGAAAGAAGGAUCAAAUGCUCGCUACGUCCGUCGGUCUUGCAAGCCAAACGCUUCGAUCGAUACGUAUCACCUUUCGGACGGGUCGGUGUUCCAUUUCUGGCUUGUGAGUGAUCGGCCCAUAGCGGCCAACGAGCAGAUCACUCUGCCAUGGGAGUUCAGGUUCCCCGGUACCACCCAAAAGCGGUUUGUUAAACUGCUUGGGCUCGGCGACGAAGAAACGAAUGGACACGUUGCUGCCGAUAUCGACCAUCCUGACUACAUGUUCAUCUCGGACUGGAUUCGUCGCAUACUGUCAGAGUACGGAGGUUGUGCUUGCGACCUCGGCAAUGACUGUGCCUUUGUUCGGUUCCAUCGCAAUUACCACGAAAAGGUUCAGCCACGCCCCAACCCACAAAAGAGAAAGCGUGCGAAAACCAAGACGCACACCAUCUCACCAACGAGCACUGGACAGGCCACCAAUAGUCGGGCUGCAAGCGAGGGCCAUCUUGAUGAAAUGGCAGAGACCGAUGUCAACAUUGCGGCGGGCUCUCGGAGUAAGCCGCCCAGUCGAGAUCGAACACCGGCACGGCACGGCUCGUUUGACAAUAUUGGGAUACUUACCGAACCGACCAACCGAGAUAAGAGGAAAGUACAAAUGGCCGAGACUUUGUUUCAGAAGUCAGCACAGGAGCAGCAGCAACCACCGCAAGAAGAAGAAGGCAUCCACCGAUCGAAGCCAAAAGGUCGGACCGGUGUCAGUGAAGUCCCUGAUAAGCCUAACGGAGGAGACGAGCCUCGCUACGUCGAUGCGGGUACUUCGGGAAGCAAGCCGGUAUCACCAACAAGCGCUACAUCGAACCGUUCGGCUAGGUCUACCAAGCCGCAAACGUCGACUGCUCCAGGAUCGCGCCAGAGUUCGUCCGAAGCACCAAGAACCUACAGCAACGCCGCGGUGCAGACGGAGCCGGAGCAUGAUCACUGCGCAAAGCCACGACCAAAGAGGAGGGUCAUGUCUCUCACGAUGAGGCUCAUGGCUCAGAAACGGAGAGAUGUUCUUCCGCAGCGCCCACCCAGCGCCAUGGACCUAGACUCACCAACGACGACCAAGAGCUCUCUCGGGUCGCCGUCGACUUCACACAAGCCGUGCCCUCUGUCGUCGCCCACCUCUGCUGCCGAUGUUGACGCUCCGAUGCCCGAUGCCCCUCCUGCGCCUGCCAACGUCGUCACCUCCAGCCCGCCUCUUACGAACGGGAAUGGGCCUGUCAUCAAUCCUAAAGAAGCCAAGUCCCCAGAGCUGCGCGUGUCAAUGCCCCCUCCCACCGCCUUCACGAGUCCCACAUCUGCAACGUCUGUGACAGCUGUGACGACUCCAAUAUCAACCAACGGGUCCGUCACGCAAUCACCAUUCUCGACAACCAACCUGCCAAGUCCUUUCGCACCUCCCGUUGCGAACGGGAACACGGCCACACCCAGCCCUAUCAAGAAGAAAAUGAGCCUGAGUGAAUAUAAGAAUAAAGCCAACAAGGCAGCUGCGUCAGCGAGGUCGGCAACGGACAACACCCACCCACUGAAGACCGCUUCUUCUAAUACGGACCCCCUAAAAGCUGCGGGCAACGGCGAUCAUUCCACUGGUGAUUUGGACCGGCCGACAGCUGAUGCAGGGGCAGGGGAGACAAAUGGUAGCGUAUCAGCGGCUCAGGCCAGCACUGCUUCGUGA